GGUUCGAAGAAUACAGCGAAAACGAAGGCUUCUGCUAGUGCGCAACGAGUUACAACUGAAUCGUCUUCUUCGAAUUCGCAACUGUGUAAAGCAGAGGAGACACCACACAGUAGUGACGAUCAAAAGCCUGGAAGGAUUCGUACAGCGUCACCUAAUCAACCUGACAUAUCUGUGCUGAAAAUCAUUUCGCCCAAAAGGAAUAGCAAGCAACCGCGUAAACUUCAAGCGGUAAAUAGUGAAGCGGGUCGCAAGCGUGGAACACCUGGAUCAGGCUCUGGUAAACUUGUUUGUGUGUCUCUGAUUUAUUAA